AUGGCAUUCAAUGGAACCUGGCAGGUGUAUGCUCAAGACAACUAUGAAGAGUUUCUGAAAGCUCUUGCAUUGGCAGAUGACCUCAUCAAAGUUGCCAAAGACAUUAAGCCUGUUAUUGAAAUACAACAAAAUGGAAACAACUUUGUUGUGACAUCAAAAACACCUAAGCAGUCUGUAACAAAUUCAUUUACUCUGGGGAAAGAGGCUGACAUCACUACUAUGGAUGGCAAAAAAAUAAAGUGCACGGUUAACAUGAUAGGUGGGAAGCUUGUGUGCAAAUCAGAAACAUUCUCCCAUGAACAGGAAAUUAAAGGAAAUGAAAUGGUGGAGACUCUGACUGUUGGUUCAGCAACACUCAUCAGAAAAAGCAAGAAGGUAUAA